UUGUCAGUUUCUCAAAAACUGCAUUCCGAAUCUAGCUGUGUACGCCCAAGUGAAAUCUCCUAGUAUUCAAAAAAUUUCCAAAGCGUUUUUGUCACCGAUACUUUUUAGUAGUGUCUAAAAGCGGUUGGAAAGGUUUUGAAUACUUGGAGAUUUCAUUUGGAAGCUUCUGCUUUCUUUUUGCUUUCGUUUUAGCAUUUCUUUCUUCUCAUUUAUGAAAAAUGAAUCCGCACCGAAAAUGUAUUCAUUGUUCCCGUGAGUAAUACAACAGAAAUCCGGUUAGAAAAAAUCCUGUUGAGCAAUUAGACUUUAGAGCCAUUUUUAACAGUACAGAACUAUUUUUAAUUCAUUUUGAAAGAAGAAAAAUCAAUUCAAUUUGCCUGAAGAAUAUAAAUAGAGUUUCGCUGAAUACCAUUUUUUGUUGGAAAGCUCUGCUAUCAUCAAAAGAACAUAAGAAUAGGAAGUCUUUAACAAUCCCGAUGAACUAUUUAGAAAUCAUGUGCUCUUCGUCAAAAUUAACAUGUUCUAAGCAAUUGCAUUGGAUUUAUGGUCAGGUUAGGUGACGAAUCAGCCAAAAGUAAACUGAUAGAAGCUUCGAAUCUCUUAUUUAUCGUCCAUUUGCAAUUAAGUGAAAAUGACUUUAAUAACUCUUUUAGCGAGUCAGAAAAUUCUGUUUUCAGAGAACAAAAAAGGUAUUUUGUUCAGCUUCAGCACUUUAUGUUUUGUCGCUUAUUUGGCUGUGGGAGGUUUGUGUUUUUGGCUCCUUGAAGGCCCUCAAAUCGAAAAAGCGAAUGAAGAAGUAUGGAAUGUAAAGGCGAAAAUCAUGAACAAAUAUCCUGACGUACCUGCCGAAGCAUUUGACGAUUUUUUGAGCGAGUUACAGUCACUUGGUAUAAGAGGCAUCAAGUCUCCCAAUAAGACUGCUAAGUUUUCAUUUGCAGACUCGGUGUUCUUCUGUGCUACCCUUGUUACAACUAUUGGGUAUGGACACAUCACUCCAUCAACUGAUCUAGGCAAAGCAAUAUGCAUAGCAUAUACAGCAUUGGGAAUUCCAGUAACAUUGGUGAUGCUUGCAGCCUAUGUUCAGAAAAUGAUCAAUCUGUCAGAAGCCUACAAAGCUUCAUUGUUCCACAAACUAGGAAGAUUGGUUAAACCAGUUUACAUCAGACUGACACAUGUGACAACGAUCUUGGUACUAAUUCUGCUGUUUUGCUUCAUUUUGCCAUCUGUGUUCUUUUCCUUCUAUGAGACGGGAUGGAGUAUGUUUCAUGCCAUAUACUUCUGUUUUAUUUCUCUGACUACAGUCGGAUUAGGAGACUUUGUUCCUGCACUCAACCCAAAUUCACCCUAUACAGAACUGUAUAAGUAUGGAGCCACAUUUUACAUCAUAGCUGGCCUAACUGUUAUGAUGUUUAUGAUGGCCAUGACAGCUGAUUUCAUCCAUAACUAUGACUGCCGCUAUGAGGAUCCUCUACCAUUCACCAACCCGAAUCAAAUGAAGUUCCAGAAACAACAUUUUACUCGACCACAUCAUAAGAUUUCAAUAAAUGAAGCAAAAAUGAAAUCCUAUGGAGCCAUAAUAGUCCCAACACACAAAUCAGAAGAGAGCAACAAACCACUAAUGCCACCUUAGCACUGCUAUGCACCAAAUGAGUUGAAUAUGUAAAAUAGAGAAUUAUUCAUCAAAUAAAAUAAUAGAGCAAAGAGGAUGUACAUUUAUGAAGAAAAUGUCCUUGAUUUUUUCAUGCAUUCCUUGCUUUUCAAUAUUUCCCAACAAAUAAUCAAGAUUUUUCUCACUUAAAAAAAGUAAUCACAACCUAGUUUUUGAAGUACUAAUAUCAUGACAUAACUCAUUUUUACUUACAAUUCGAAAAAUGGAAAUGUGUUACAAAGGGAAAUAUAUUACACCAUGUCUUUUCUAGUAUUAUUUACUAUUUUCACUUCUCUCUCUCUCAUACAUUCAUAUUCGUUCAUUUAUGUGUCGCAUAUAAAAAUUAUAUGGAAUGUUUGUCGAUUUGGUAUUGUUUUUACUAAACUAUUAUUUACAUCUUGGGCAGAAAUAAAGCAAAAU